AGAGGAUUUACACAGAUGGAGACUGCUUGGCUCGCACUUUUUGGCACUUUAGUCAUCGCUUCUGAGAUUACCAAUGAUCCACAAGUGUCUGUUCUUCAAUUCCCCAAGUCUGGUGGAGGGGUGAGGAGGAGGAAGAGAGACUGGGUUAUUCCUCCACUCAGUGUUACUGAGAAUAAGAGAGGAACCUAUCCCCAAAAAGUAGCUCAGAUCCGCUCUAGUGAAGAUAAAACAAGGAAGCUCUUUUACAGCAUCACUGGUCCUGGAGCUGAUCUGCCUCCUAUUAAUCGUUUCAUAAUGGACAGAGAAACGGGCAAUCUGUAUGUAACACAACCACUCGACAGAGAGGAAACAGCCAGUUACACGUUUGAAGUACAUGUUGUGGUAGAAGGAGCAGGACAAGCUGAGGAUCCCAUGGAGAUUAUAGUCAUUGUGAUCGACCAGAACGACAACAAACCUUAUUUUACGGUGGAGUACAACGCAAAUGUUGCUGAGGCCACGGCCAUCGGGACUGAGGUGGUUAGGGUUGAGGCCAAAGAUGACGAUGAGCCAAAUACUGACAACUCAGAGCUCCGCUAUCGUAUUCUGAACCAGGACCCACCGCUGCCCACUGACAACAUGUUUGAAAUCACCCCAAUUACUGGAAGCAUCAGAGUCACUGGUAGAGGAUUAGACAGAGAGAAAUAUCCACAGUACACUCUGACAGUACAAGCAGCAGAUAUGGCAGGAGAAGGGUUAACUGGACAAACCAAAGUCAUCCUCACGGUGACGGACAGCAAUGACAACGCUCCAGUCUUCACUCAGAGCUCAUAUACUGCAACAGUUGAUGAAAACAAAAAGGAUGUUGUGGUGGUUAGGAUGAUAGUAACAGAUGAGGAUGAACCACAAACUCCAGCCUGGAACGCCAUCUUCAAGAUCGUCAGUGGUGAUCCUGAUGGACUUUUCACAGUAAAAAUGGGAACUAACAAACAGGAAGGAAUCCUUUCUACUGCAAAGGAGCUGGACUUCGAGAGGGCCAGCAAGCACACUCUGUUGGUUUCAGUGGAGAAUGAGAUUCCUUUUGCUGGUGUUUCUGUGGUCACUUCUACCGCCACAGUGGUGGUGAGUGUGAGAGAUGUGAAUGAAGCUCCAAUAUUUGAUCCAAAGGAGACGCUUGUGGUAAAACCAGAGGACCUUGCUGUGGAUGAAGCUGUGGUGCAGUACACUGCUUCAGACCCAGACACUGCACGCAAGCAGACAGUCUCGUACAAAAUAAUGAAUGACCCUGCAGGCUGGCUGAACGUGGACAAGGACACAGGUCUUAUUAAAGUGGGAGCGUCCAUGGACAGAGAGGGUAUCUUCAUCACAAACAACAGAUACACUGCAACCAUUGGUGCCUAUGAUGAUGAUGCAGUCCCAGCUACAGGAACUGGUAUUCUGAUCAUUCAGCUGGAAGAUGUCAAUGACAAUGCUCCCACCAUUGAGCAGCAUAAAAUUAUGGUGUGCAACAAGGAUCCAGCUCCUCAGCUGCUCUCAGUAACAGAUAAAGACGGACCAGAAUUUGGAGCUCCCUACUCGGUGUCUUUACAGGGCAUGUCAAAGACCAACUGGACCGCUAGGAUGAAUGACACCAGAACGGGCAUCAUCUUGAAUUUAGCCGCUGAGCUGCCCAGUGGAAAUUACAGUGUUAUACUGAGAGUGGCAGACAAGCAUGGCUUGGGGCAGGACAACAUCAUCAAAGCUGAAGUGUGCGACUGCAAGGGAGAAGAUUUGAUGUGUACUCAGCGUGCUUUAGGUGGCAGCAACCUGCCCAUUAUUCGGGGAGUACUUGGAGGCAUUCUGCUGCUCAUGCUGGUCCUGAUUGUGCUGUUUGUCAGUCUGAGGAAAGAGGAGCAGAAGGAGCUAACAUCUAAAGACAACAUCUUCUACUAUAACAGAGAGCAAAGUAGAGAGGAUGAUCAGGUAAAUGGACACCAGUUCUGAAUGCAGCGUUAGCCU